GCCAUGGCCGCGACUCUUGCUCCGACUCUGCCCAAAAGGCCCGGCCCCCUUUCUCUUGACUUGGCCCUCACAGCACGUAAAUGGGCGUCCCUCGAUCAAGACUUCUUCCCCCCCACGCCUCCCCUGGACUACCACAGUCCUAAAGCGGACCUCGUUUCGGCACUGCCAACGUCUGUUCUUCCCAAUACGAAACCUCUGGUCGCCGUGCUGGGUGUUGGAUAUGUGGGGACUCACCUCAUCGAGAAUUUCUCCUCGAAAUACGACACUCUAGGCUACGACAUAUCUCUGAAGCGUAUCGAUGAGGUGGAGAAGCAAUUCACAGACAACAGCCGUGUCAAACUCACAACAAACCCGAAACAUCUCUCUGAGGCCACUCACUAUCUUAUUUCGGUCCCCACACUGCUCCUUUCCGACAAGUCCAUCGACUCGUCGUACCUGCGCAGCGCGCUGGACACGGUGGCUACACACGCACGCCCCGGAAGUACCAUUGUCAUCGAAAGCUCUGUGGCCGUGGGCAUGACAAGGGAGCUUCUCGGGCCCAUCGCCGUUGCAGGCCGCUUCUUUGCUGGAAUGUCACCCGAGCGCGUUGACCCCGGCCGCAUCGAACCACCAGCGCACGCCAUCCCCAAGGUCAUAUCCGGCCUCGACGACGUGGCCCCCGGAUCGCUGGACAGCAUCAUGAGGCUCUACUCGGCCGUGUUCGACCACGUCGUGCCCGUGUCGCGGCCCGAGGUGGCCGAGAUGACCAAGCUGUACGAGAACUGCCAGCGCAUGAUCUGCAUCGCGUACGCCAACGAGAUGGCCGACGCGUGCAUCCCGCACGGCAUCGACCCGUUCGAGGUGUGCUCAGCCGCGUCCACGAAGCCGUUUGGCUACAUGCCGUACAUGCCGGGCAUCGGCGUCGGCGGCCACUGCAUCCCCGUCAACCCCUACUACCUGCUCUCCAACAGCUCCUUCCCGCUGCUCCAGGCCGCGACCGAGACCAUGUGGCGGCGGCCGGGCGAGAUUGCCAGGCGGGCAAUCCAGUCCCUGACGGGCGGGCCCGACGGGAAGGACCGGCCCGGAUCCAGCCCCAGGCCCCGGGUGCUGGUUGUCGGGGUCGGGUUCAAGCGUGGUCAGGCGACCCUCAGCAACUCUCCGGGGCUGGAUCUCAUCAGGCAUCUAUCGCUCUCGGGUCGGGUAGAUGUCACCUUCGCCGACACGCUGGUCUCGCAGGACUCGGUGCCCGAUGUGGCACGGCUUGACGACGAUGAAUGGAACAGGGAGACGCUAGAGUCGUUCGACAUGAUCAUUGUCAACGUCCACCAGGUGGGAUUCGACUUUGGCCUACUGAGCGAGCUCCAGGGUGUGCGGGUUGAAACUUGGUAA